UCGGCGGGGGAGGCGGCAGGCGCUGCCCGCGGCAGGUGCCGCCCGCCCGCAGCCCGGCCAUCCCCGCGGGCUGCCGGCGUCCUGCCCCGCGCGGGGGCGGCCGCAGCUCCGCCACCUGUGGCGGCGAGAUGGCGAAGCUCGACAUCAGCGCGGAGGCAGUGAUGGGCUUCCUGAGGGAGCGCGGCGGGCGGGUGCGCAACGCCGAGCUGGUGAGCGCCUUCCGGCCGCUGCUGGAGCACGGCGGGCCCGGGGCCGCGGCCGAUGCCGGUGCCGGGGAGGCGGAGGGGCGGGCGGCGCGGCGGGAGCGCUUCAAGGCGGCGGUGAACGCCGUGGCCACGGUGAAGGAGAUCGACGGCGUCAAGUUCGUGGUGCUGAGGAAGCAGCUGCGCGCUGCCCCGCCGGCGGGGGGCGAUGGCGGCGCCGCUGCCCCGACCGCCGCUCCCGCCGCGGUUCCCGUGCCCGGCCCCGCCGCGACGCCCCCCGAGGAGCCGCCGGGGCCGCGGGCCGUGGCCGAGCUGCGGGGGCUGUUCCAGGGCGGCGGCGGCGGGGUGCCGCUGCCCGGCGGCGCGGCGGGGGCCCGGCGGGAGCCGCCGCCCAAGCCCUGCAUGCUGCCCGUGCGCUGCGUGCCGCCCCCCGCCGCCGCCGGCCCGCCCGGGCCCGCCGCCCCGCUGUCCCCGCCGCCGCCGGACGAGGAGGCCGGGUCCCGCUCGCCCGGGCUGCGCAGGGGGCCCAAGAGCCACCGGGCCAGCGAGGAGACGGUGGUGCCGCUGGAGCAGGCGGAGCACCAGUGGCUGGUGCUGGCGGCCGACGGGCAGUGGACGCAGCAGCUGCACGGGCUGCUGCUGGGCGACGCCAGCCUGGCGGCCCGCAGGGACUUCAUCUCGGGCUUCACCGCCCUGCACUGGGCCGCCAAGAGCGGCAACUGCGACAUGGUGACCAACAUCAUCCGCACGGCCGAGAAGGGCGGCUCCCGCGUCAAUGUGGAUGCCCGGUCGCACGGCGGCUACACGGCGCUGCACCUGGCUGCCAUGCACGGCCAGGAGAAGGUCAUCACCAUGCUCGUCUACAGCUACCAUGCCAAGGUCGACCUCAGGGACUACAGCGGGAAGAAGCCGCACCAGUACUUGAAGGAAGGGACGUCCCUGACCAUCAGGCGCUUGCUCGGGGACCCCAGCCUUUCCCAGAGCGUGGAGCACUCCAUGCCCAUCAAGAAGUCCACAAAGCUCGCGGCUUCAAUCCUGAGCUCCACUAGCACUUUCCUGGGAGUCAUAUCCGAUGACAUGGCUUUCUACGACCUCACCAAAGGCUUGAGGAAGCCCUCAACUUUAAACAAGCUUCUGUCUGCCACUACGGGCCCGAGGAGGAAGCCAAAGACCAGAGGGGGCUUCCCCUCCUAUUCCUCCCUCUCCGAGGUAGCGGAGGAGGAGGAAGAGGUUGUGGUGAAACGCAGACCUGUGUCUGAGCUGUUCUUUGGCCACUAGCCUCUGCCUUACUGUGAUGAAAUGGUUUGAUAGCACGGCUGGUGGCUCGGCUUUCUCUUGCAGAAGCGGUUUGGAUUUUUUUUUUCUCUCCGUGUCUUGUUUUUUUGGAUGUUUAACUGUUAGUCAGUGAUAGGGUUCUACAUCCAAAGCCCGCAGCAUGAAACCCAGCCCCAGGUGCUUGUGGAAGGGAAGUGCUAUCCAUGCUGUGUGUGCUAUCGUGCUGAUCUACUGGUGGGGACCACAGACUUUGUGCUUAAUGGUUGUUAAACUAAAACAGCUUGUGUGUGUGUGGACAGGUCAAAAUGCCUGAGGGACAGCCCUUUUGAUCUGUGUUCUUCAGCUGGAGAGCAGAAGCAAGGUGAAGAUUUGCAUAUUUUACACUGUGAACAGCAAGCUGAUAGCUGGCUACUUUAACAAGGCUUGUUAUCUAACAGGAUUAAAUUAUCAGAGGAAAGAUGUGUAGUUUUCUAUGUUGUUUCUGAUUAUUUUGGUAGCAGAAGAAGGAUAUUUCUAUUUAAAAAAAUUGUCUACUUUUUCAAAACAAAGUUUCUCACUUUGAGACUUUCUCGCUCAGUAUUUCACAUCAGAAAUACUGAGAUAACAAUCUUAAUUGUUGCCUGAUGCAUUUUAUUAGAUGAAUUACUUAAAAAGAUAGACUCUGACCUUCACUGUGACUUGUCUACCUCAGUUUGAAAUCUUGGCUAGUGGCUUAAGUGUUUCUCUCUUCCUGAAAGACUUUUUGACCAGGUGGUACUUACCACAUGUCUUGAUGAUACUGUGAACAUUUAAACUUGCUUCAAUCAACUUAAGCUGAAUAAAAAAACCUUGUUGAGAGUGAAAAACUGAACUGCAAAACUUGGAAUUGGAUAUCUGUCAGUUUCUAAGCAGCCAACUGGAAACAAAGUUAGGCUUGUAUGUCUGAUUCUUUUUGUUUAAAACUUGGCCCAUUUUGACCUAUUUACAAUAAAUAUUUAUGAACAUUGGGCUUUAUGUAAUAUUAGGUGUUUCAUGAUAGAAACUUGGUGUGACCUCUUGAAGCAGUGUUUAUUUCAACAGCAUGACUUACUGACCUAAAAUGAACUCCUCUUCUUCUUCUUUUACAUAAUAAACAUAGUUGUUCUAUAUGUAGAACUACACAUAGCUCAAAAAGCAUGCUAACUGCAUGUUAGGUUUGCAGUAAGACUAUUAUUUUUUAAAUGACUGCUUGGUUAAAGUUAAUGCAAAGAGGCAGAGCUGUGAACAGAAACUGUCUGAUUUCUGGGGCAAGUCUGCUAAACCAGCAUGUUUUCUCUAAACCUGUGACUAGAAGCCUGUAUCAUUGAGAGGUGAGAGCAAUGCUGUGCUGGCUUUGUUUGGGUUUCUGUAUUGAAAUACUAGUUUGCAUGCUUUGCCUUUCCUUCCAAGUCAGUGACUUCAGGAAUGUUUUGUUCUCUGCCUUGCAUUAAACCUAGUACUUGUAUGUAAUUGGUUCUAAUUGGCUUGUCCCAAACACCCACAAGAAAUGCUGCAGGACUGCUCUGUUUACUUCAGAACACUCUCCCUGAAGUUCCUGGAGUUGGUGCCAUUCGCUGGGAGUGUGAUCAGAGGUUGCAGCCAGGGCUGAUGCACCUGUUCUAGGAGGAGACUGGAUUAUUCUGCACAGGUCUGCUUCUGGAUUGAACUAAUUAAGUUGUUAAGCAAAGGUUAAUGAUCAAGCACCUCAUGACUUCUAUAUCUGGAGUAGGGUUUAAAAAAAAUAAAAUCCAAUUUGCUUUCUGUC